AUCCAAGAUGGCGGCCGAUGGCCGGACUGGCGUUCGCCUGUCGGUUGCUUCACAGUUCUUCAAUAACGCAGAUGUUGACACUCUUGUCGCUUCAGGAGAGUAUUCUGCUGAAGAUUCAACGUCAGAGAAGGUGAGUUGCUGAAAGAGCAAGGCGCCAAGAAAUUUUUGGAAUUAAUUUCUUGCACGGCACGUGCGUAUGGAAACAGCGCUCUUACAGCAUGGUACACUUCAGUGUUCUAACUUGUCUGAAACAUCAAGCCUGAGUUAUUUAUCAAAGGAAAAAUAUUUUUUUUAAAAAAUUGCCAGACGUAAAAUGAUAUGUCUUCCGUGUUUGAAACAACGUAGUAGUAAGCUCAGAGGAAACAAAAUACCCAUCAUUUUGAAAUCGGGCUUACAAUCACAUAGCUUUAAUUAAAACAUGUACUUUAUUUAUUCAGGUGAUUGACUUACUUAAUCAAGCCCAACUUGAAAAGGAAAAUAAAUUGAAUUGCUUGAAACAGGUAUGACUUAACCUUGUGUGUUUUACUUCUAAAGAAAUAAACAUGCAUUGUCAGACAAUGUCAUUAAGGAUUACUGUACUGCCAGAUCAAAAAAAUAUGAGUGUUUGUGUCUUUAUUAUUUGUUUAUUUUGAUUUUUCGUUAAAUUCAAAGGUUUUAAUAGUAGCCCUUAAUAAACAUGUUACAUCAGAUGAGCAAAUUUUGGCUGGUGCUCAAAUUACCAAAUAGAAGAAAAAAUAAUGUUCACUUGCCAAAAAUCGGCCUGUUAAAGCAAAUUGGUGGCGGGAGAUAUAAGCAUUUUUAUGUGAAUCUUGUUAUUCUCCAAUGACUCCUUGUUAUAAAUCCUUCUAAAACAGGCCUUGAUUGUAAAUGUAAAGGUGCUUAUACCCUGUCUUUCCCCACUAAUUUUGCACUAAAAUGCUGAUAUUUUGCAAGUUGCAAGGGUUUUUUUAUCUUGCUCUUUAUGAAUGUGCCAUUUAAUCCCUAGCCUACAAAUACAGCCAUUUCUCCUAGCUCCUCACUGCCAGGGACAUUUCGCCAGAAGAACCUCUGUGAAUCAGCGACAGAAAUUCCAUACUGUUGAUGUAAAUCAAUGUGUACAUAAUACAUUUGCCAGUUAUGGGGUUCCAAAUGUAAAAUCUGUUUGAUUUUAUGUUUCUCCUGGUCAAUUAUGGUAAAGUUUUGUGAACUUUUGCAAAGGAGCUCCAGCAAAACUCAGAUGCUUUUUCUAAAGAAUAAUAUAUUUUAGGAAUAUUGACUGAUUUGUAGUAGAUUCAUUACGUUUACAUUUGACCUUUGUGGCCUUUUGUCUUUUUUCUGUCAUUCGUGAACAAUAUGUAAAACAAUUUAACCACUAUGUCAAUCAAUCAGAGCCCCUGACCAGACUCCAGACGGAUUUUAGGUCAUCAGUAUGGAAUUUCUGUCACCGAGUCUCAGACAUUCCUCCUGACAAAGUUUCCUUAGCAGUGAAAUGCAAGGAGAAACAGCUGUAUUUGCUGGCUAUUUAAUCCCAUUAUUUCACAAAUUUGAAUUUUUGUGAUGUCCAUUUCUGUAACCAAUACCACUUCUUUUUAGAAUGUUUUUGUGACUGUUCAUGUAAAGCUGGAUGUGCAUAAUAACCAUAACCUUUGUUACAUUGAUUGUUCCCCAGAUACAUGUAUUUGAUCAACUCCCUUAUCACAGUCUAACAACACAAUAAUUCACCACUGUUCAGGACUAAGUUCUCAUUACUAAAUUCUCCCCUGCAGGUUCAAGAGUUUAUUGUGAAUAAAGAUCCUACACUGCUGGAUAAUUUUCUAGAUGUAAGUAUGUUAAGUAAUUUAUUAUUGGUCUAUCUCCCUGUAAUAAUGUACAGCUGUAGCGUGCACAGAUUCUGUUAUAACAGGCAAGGUCAAUUCAAAGCUUCUGUUUCCCUAACAAUGGCGACAAUAAUACUUUGGAUCAAAACCCACCAAUCAUGAGUGCAUAAUUAUCAUGAUACACUGUCACUAGCAAACAUGGUGGCACAAUGUACUGAUUAUAGUCCCACUAAGUAAAAUUUACUGAGUGGGACUAUUAUUAGUACCACCGGAUGGUACAUGUACCGGUAUACAUACAUGGUGUUGAACAUUUAAUGAAGACCUGCAUUAUGCGGUGAAAAUCAUGUCACUAUCAACUGAUCAAUUGACUAUCAUGAGACAAAUGAUAUGUAAGUGGACGUCCCUUUUUAAUAAUAUUAUCUUUCAUGACAUCCUCAUUCAAUUUGUUGAUUGUCCCAUUCCAGGAAAUACUAGUGUUUCAGCAGGACAGAUCAGCAGAUGUGCGUCGAUUUGUUGUUGGAUUCAUUGAGGAAGCAUGGUAAAUUAAUGAUAUGAUACAUGCAAUAAAUUGUUGACAGUUCAUAUACCACUGAACAACAUGUCAGGAUAGGAAAUCCACUUGUCCAGUGGGCAAGUGAAUUUCAGUUUUCACUUGCCCCCACUUAAAAUAUUAUUGCCUGAAGAGAACACAAUGCCUUAUUAUAUAUACUGGAGUUCUAAUAUAAGUCGCUGUCUAUAUUAUAAGUUAUUGAUUAUAACAAGGUAGGUAAGACCUAAACUACACUAUAGUACUUUUAAUGCUGUGCCAGAUACAGAGUAACUACUGGAAGAAGAGUAACACAAGCUGCAAGCAAAUUUGCUCUUGGAUUUUGAUUUAAAUUAAUUCAUGCUUUCAAUUCAUUGUGUUACUCAUCUUGAAGUCUUCAGGUUUGAGAUAGUUUGUCUGGAAAAAAUCAUUUACAGUGUACCAAGCUGACACUUGCAGACAGGCUCACACGACCACUGAGGCUAAUUUCACCUGCCCACUGGGCCACCAAACUUCUAUUUUUACUUGCCCAAGAUCAACAUUUAUUUGCCCAGCGCAGUGGAACCUGGGUUUUUUCCUGCCCUGUAUGUUAACAGUCUUUUUUGAGUUUUAUAAUUGCAUUAUAAGUAAGUGCGGCCAAUUCUCAUUACACAUGAAAAAUACUGAAGUAUUAUGCUACAGGUUAAGAUUUUCACAUGAAUUUGUGACACAGCAUUGUUUGUUGCUGAUUAUCAGAGAUUCUGAGUGAAAUGAACAAAUAAUGUUACUUGGUAAAAGAGCAAGGAUGCUCUAGAGAGCCUCUAUUCUCUAAAGAGGAACAAGCCUUGGUCACGACUGUUCUCUUUUCAUUUAACAGUUUUAUUGGUAUAUCUUUUACUUUUUUCCAAACCUUCAGCAAGAAAGAUAUCGAACUGCUGAGUAAAGUGCAAAAUACUUUGGCAUUUAUGCUGAACGAUGACAAUGUCGCAGUGCAGAAACGAGUCAUGCUGUGUGUUACACAGCUCUACAAGUUUGCUUUACAGGUUAGUACAUGUAGAUUAUAGCCAUUGCUAGUUGAAUGUUAAACCGCUAGAUUCUCCUUCAAAUCAGCUUUUGUUUGCUGGUGAAAAACUGGAGAAUUUGGCAUGAGAUCAUCAGUCACAUUUUGAUUGCUAGUUUUGCUGAAAAAAAUGCAACAAUCACACAAUCCUUCCAGCGACAAUAGCUGAAAUACACCUAAAUUCUAUUCCCAGGUAGGCACUGUUCUUAGGUACAGCUAUACACAUGUAUGUAGUAAAUAAUAGCUCAAGACAAAUAACAUUGUUUGUGAAAUCACCCCCUAAGUAAAUGUAGAAGGUCAUGUACAUGUAAGUUAACUUCUAAAUACUUUACAACACAAGGGUGUUCACUGUACAAGCAUUAAUGAAAAUGCAGCAAAUGUUUCCAUACAUAUGUGCAUUAAUAUACUGUACACCUGUCUAAUGCAAUGCAAAUUACAGCUGUACAAUAUUACAGGGCGUUACCAAUCGAUGAAACCGAUGAUCGGAAAAUCAAUCGAUCAAUCGAUGACAAUCGAUGCCAAUUAAUCGAUUGAUAUCGAUAAUCGAUGAACAAUCGAUGCUCGGGUUUUAUGUGAUUAUCGAUUUCAUCGAUUAUCAAUUCUUAUCGAUUAUCAAUGCCAAUCGAUCAGUUAAUUGUCAUCGAUUGGUUUUCAUUUUUUAUGCGUUUUAUUUUCAGUCAAGAUUUCCAAAAACACGGUCUCUUUAUGCAUUUUAAUGAUGAAAACUGCGAUAAAACUUUAAUUUUUUCACAUCGGUGAUUGAUACAUCGUGGAGAACAUGGGGAUACGAUUUUAUGACAAUAUCAAUUUUCAAUUAGUCAUCAAAUUGAUGAAUUGUGAUGAAACUGUGGCAAAGAAUAACCAAUAUACACCAGGGCAAUUAAGCCUGCAGUGAACAAAAUUCAUUUUUUGCCCAGUUUACUUUGUGCACCUUUGUUGUGACAAACAAGUAAUAAAGUGAUUGCUGAAGUCUAUCCACGUUGUUUCUGGUUUAUUUUAUUACAGUUCAGUAUAAUUACAUCACCCACCAUUCAGAGCUGACUCGUCCCCAGGCGUCUCUCCAUCGCCAGACUAAGAGACGGUAGGGAAAGAUGUCAGCAUUCUCGCAGUUCGUCUAGAUAUCUUUAAACACAGAACACUACACUUAAUUAUUCUCAGAAAUUUUACACGGAUAAAUCAGAUAAUAAUAAUUUCAUCUUGCACGGCGUGUGGACAGGACCUGUUGGAAAAAUAGGAAAUAGUCGAAAUAUAAAAUUCCUAAAAAUUCAUAUCAACCAGAUAUCAACAGUAUAAAGGACAGCGAAAGGAACAGCUAAGCGAAAAGGUGUGUUGUUGACUUGCGUUUCUUCAAAACACUGUUUCAAAGCGUGUUUCUGUUGUUGAUUUUUGAAACCAUGCAACAGCAUACAAACAAUCCGGUGAACGAAUUCAAAUGUCAAACAUUUGUGCGUAUCAUGAAAAGUGCGAUACGCACAGGCUGGAACAUGUGGGAUACCGAGAUUUUUUCAACGCCAAUCGAUGACAAUCGAUGAGUUGCGACCAUUUUGUGUGAUUAUCGAUUGGUCAUUGAUUGGCGAUGCCAAUCGAUGCCAAUUAACUCAACAAGGCAUCGAUUGUCAUCGAUUGAUCGAUUGAUUUUCCGAUCAUCGGUUUCAUCGAUUGGUAACGCCCUGAAUAUUAUGUUGUUUCAAUAUAGCUUUACAAUUGUACUUAAAUUUUCUUAAGAAUUGAACAUGUGAAAUUGUUCUAUUCUGUCUUCAGUACAUUUGCAAACAUAAGGCAGUAUCAGAAGAAGUGGAACACAUGUGGGAGGUGAGAAAACGUUAAAACUAAAGUGCUCAUGGAACAAUUUGGUUUCAGUGAAAACACUAAUUCAACCUUUCAAUUUCUAGUUAAAUUAUUAUUCCAGUUGCUGGGAUAAUUAAAUCAAUCCUGCCUUUCAUAUUUCCCAACUUUUGUGUCACUUCAUUUUUUUAAAUGUGACAUAUUGCAAGUACCUCAGACUACCACACUUUACAAGUUACUCCACUCACUGAGGGAAAUUCUUGCCUAUUAACCAUUCCAACAACUGGGCUGUGAUAUCCUACAGGCCAAUUCUGUAAAUGGAAUGUAAUUAGCAUGUGUUAGUAUGCAGCUACUUUUGGCCAUGGGACCUGCAGCUCUCUUGUUACAUUCACUUUAUAAUUUCAUUUAAUAAUAAUUACAUCAAGAUUUAUCUAUUCAGUUGUUAUUUAUUCUUGUAUUUCUCUUGUUUACAGCUCCUUAUUCAGAUCAAAGAACAGAUCAUUGAUAUGUUGGAGUCUGAAAAUGAUGGGUAAGUUUCUUUGCUUGAUGUAAAAGAAUUAAUUGACUUAACAUGUUCUGACUGCAAUGCAGUUUUCUUUGUGUAAUACUGAAAACUUAGUGAAUGGCACUUGAAACCUUUGCAAACCAACACAAGAAAAUCUUCAGCACUUGUUACUAACUACAUGUAGUUAGGACAAAAAUUGUUAGUAAUUUAUGUACCAGAGUGGCAUGAUUCUAAUAACUAUUUUAAACUUUGUAUGAACCAGCAAUUUGUACUGCAUACCCUGACUACGUCCCACAAUUUUAUGGCAUAACAUGCAAGAAGUAAAUACACUCAACUUCCUUUAUAGCAGACAUUGUAGGCACCUUGAAUUAGUGUCCUCAUGAUUGAGAGUCUGUAAUAGCGGGAGUUUAUUUCAGUCAAACAUUUUGCCUGGGAUUUAGCUGCUGUCUGUAUUAUCAGGGUGUCCGUUAUAGCAGGGUGUCCGCAAGGCAAGAGUUGAGUGUAAUGUACAUGUUGUAUUCUAAUCCUUAAUGACAUUUUUGAAGUUUCUGUCCAAGAGGUUAACAGUUCUUGAAGCUCAUAAAACAAUACCACAUCACAUCACAUAACAUAACACCUCUAAAUUGGCAAUUCAAACCCUCAAAGUAUUGGGUCCCUUAAUCUGCUUUAAAAAAAGACAAAUUGUACACUGUAGCAUUAUAGUUUCUGUAAUAAGAUACCUCUGCCAGCUAGAAGCUAAGUUUUGGUAGGUUUGGCAAUGACCAACAUCUCUGUCUUCUGAAUGUUGUUGUUUUAGAAUCAGAACUCAUGCAAUAAAGUUUAUCGAGAUGCUAGUGUUGGUACAGUCACUUAAGUCUCAGGUAAUAAUACUACUUUUACGUAGUUAGUUAGAACUAUCUUGUAAAUCACCUUAAUGGACUUUGGCUUGUUUCAGGAUAUCUAUAAUGCAAAUUCUUAUGAAGCCAUGGUACAUGUAUUCUUUUACAUGUACAAUGUACUACUUUAAUGUCAGAUAUUUCAUUCACAAAUCCUAAGUCAACCUUUAGAUAUCCUUCUCUUAGAGCUCUUUGAAGAGUUAAAUGAUGUAAAUUUUCAGCAAUCUAGUUUUGUUCAGUCUCUUUCGUUGCUGCCAGCGUAAUGGUAGUCAAUACAUUUCUUUAUGAAUUUUAGGAUUCUGAGUCUCUUAAGAAAGGUGAAGCAGACAUCUCAUUGGAAAUAGUUCCCAGGAAUCACCCACUCAUUAAGAUGACUGAACUCAGAGAAGAAGGAGGAUCCAUGUUAGAAACCCUGCUUACACUUAUUGCUUCCCACACCAUUUCCAGGUUGGUAAACUGGUGUUGCCACAGUCAUGGUCUGUUUACCCCAACAAAUCAAAACAUUUCCCUUAACCUUAUAAAGUUGUUUGUUAUCAACAGAAAACGACGAAACAAAUAAAAAAUUAAUGUGAAUUUAUUGUUGUUUGUAUCUUCUUAGUGUCAACCUGAUGGCUGCUCUUGGAUCCUUGUCUGCUAUUGCUCGUCAAAGACCUGCCUUUAUGGCAAUUGUCGUCCAAGCAUUUGAAUCUUUGCAUGGUAUUGUUAGACUAAGCUAUAACUACAGUGAAUGUGUGGCAGGCAAAAUGUUGUCCUCUAAAUUAACCCUUCAGUCUUAAGAGUGACUGACAUGAUUCUCCCAACAUCAACAUUACAUUAUCAAGAGAAACGUUUAUGAGAAUUACUGAAAUGAUCACCAAUUGGAAAAUGCUAUCAUCUUUUUCUCAAAUUCUUUCAACCUACAGCUGUAUUUUUUAAGGAGAUAGAAGAAAAUUUGUGUGAAGAAUUUAUACCUGGAUAUAGGUCCUCAGAGCAUUAAGGAUUGUGUUACAACAAAAUACAAUACAUGUAUUUUUCACAUAAUAUUUUGUAAGGUUAUCAUUGAUCUUUUUUGUGUCCUGUACUAACAGUCUUCUUAGUGAUGUAUCUUAUUUAUUACUCUGUGAUUUGCAGCUAAUCUUCCCACUUCACUGAGCAAAUCUCAAGUUAGCAGUGUUAGAAAAAAUCUUAAGGUAUUGUAAAGUUAAUGAUUUAUAGCUUAAAUGUAAGCUGUAUACUGCACAAAAACCUCUUACGUCAAGAAAAUACAUUCUGCAAAGAAAUCAUGAGAACGAAUUCUUGGAACUAGUCUCCCACACUAUCCACAACAUUCAUGAAGAUGUAUUCAUGCAAACCUGUUCGUCCCCAUCCAAGAAAUUAUUCAAGUAUUCUUUCUUCUUGUUUCUCUUGUCUUUCCAGCUUCAUCUAAUGAGCUUGUUGAAACAUCCUUCUUCAGGUAAUUAAGCACUGAAUAAUAAGCUAAAGGAGCUUUCCUUUACUCUUCUUUAUUCUAGUAAUGGCAACAGUUUGGUUGUAGUUGAACGAGCAAAAAACCUUUGCUUGUCCAUUAAUCAACUUUCAAUGAAGAGGCCCUGUCCUGGGGGGUUUUUCCUAACUUUCAGCCACAACACAAUACUGUUGACACCUUGGAUGCAGAUGAAAACACCAAAAUCAAAUUCUCUCACAAGGAAAGAUUGAUUUAUACACUACUGUUUUUUGUGGCCUGUAAUUACAGCUUCCGCUCAAUAUUUUGCACCAGAAGGGAAAAAAAUCCCUUUCACUGGGAGUGAGGUGCCUGAAGUUUAUUCAUCAUCUUCCUGGUUAUUUUGUUUCCCUUUGGAAAUGUUGCUUCUUCUACAUUUCCUGAAGACUUAACAUGGAAAAGUGUCUUUUCGUUUUGGCUCGUUUUCCACGUUUUGGUUAUUCUGAUCAUUUUGUUUUGUUUUUCAGUGGAGUUUCUUCCUCAAAUCACAACACUUCUAACAGAUCUUGGAGCAUCACAGGCUGAGGUCAGUUGAAAAAAUAAGGAUCAUUUUAAUCACAAAAUCCCUUUAAUACUUUACAUGCACAUGUGAAUGUACUGCCAUCUUUGAAACGCACGCAGCUAUUGUGGUCAGCAAACGUCUAAAUUACAUUUAGCAAAAUUAAAAAAUGGCUGAAGCUUUACAAGUAGUAUCGUUGGAUGGCCUUUUUGCUUGUACAGUGUACAGCCACGCACGCCAUAGUUUAAUAUCCUUUGCUGCAGAUACCGUUUUCCUUCUUUACCUCGCUGUAUAUUCAGGUGACAAAGAAAAUCAUUUUUACAGCUUGCCAUUCGGGCAAGCUGAAGAAAGCAUUUACUAGCGCAAACGUCAUUUCAACUAGCCCCAAAAGCUUUCUGACGAGCAGAAUUGAUUUCACAGUUCUUCCUCAGUUUGAAUUCCUCAAAAAUCAUUACUUGCCCGUCGGGCAAGUUAAGAACAGAAUUCACUAGCCCGAUAGCAAAGUCCACUAGUCCCGGGCUAUCGGACUCCACUUUCUUUGCACGCUGAUAUUGUAAACAGGUAGCGAUUUACCUCAUACAGAUGCGUUGAAUUGUCAAAAUUUUUCUCAUCCUAGAGGUUCCAAAUUUUGCACUCACAGAAUUGUUAAAUUGUCAAAGUCGUUCUUACUCCAGAGGUUCAAAAGUUUUGCACGCAUACUUUGAGGUCUUUUCUUGUUACAAAAAUUUGCCAUUUUAACUUAAUACAUGUAAUUGUUUAUCUAUAAUUUCUUUACUAUCACAGUUACAAAGGAACAUGCCAAAACCCAGUGCAGAGAAACGGAGGUAGGUUACUUAUGAAUUAGUUAAUAGCUUAAACAUACGUGAGUCAUAAUACAGUCAACUCGCUCUAAGACGGACACCUUUGGGACCGGCAGUAAGUGUCCGUCUCAGAGAGAUGUCUGUCUUAUAGAGAGUCAACUAAAGGGAGUAAAGAAAGCAGGGACCAACUCUAGGUGUCCGUUUUACAGAGGUGUCCAUCUUAUAGAGGUGUCCGUUAAGAGAGAGUCGACUGUAUAAGGAAAGUAAAUAUUAACAUCCUUGUCCACGUUAGUUUUGUAGUUAAUAGGACUGUUGUCAACAGUAACUGAGGUUUGUAAGACCUAAGUCAAUAUAAUAGUGUAUGGUCAGAAAGACUCUAGGACGGUAUUGUCUGAUUUGUCAAUUUAGCUCAAAUUUAUUUGGUUGACUUCCUGGUGAAAGUAAAUUAAAUAAUGGCAUUGUUUUAAGGUGGAAAAUCAACCAAGCCCUGGGCUUAUGAUCUUCAUCAUGCAAAAACAGUUCAUUCCGCGUCAUUUCGUCCUCAAACGGAACAUUUAUAAUUAGAAAUCAUACAGUCAUGUACGAAGUCCCUGCAUGAGAAAGUGCAACCCUAAAACGCUAUUUCUAUUUAUGUUGAAUACUAUUAAUAACUGUGUAUUCUCCAAGGCCUGAACCAGAAGCUGCAAUUUCAAGUAAAAAGCAAAAAAUUGAUGUAAGUAAAUAUUUGUAUUAUUGUAAGGUAAGAGAGAAAGUUCUCACGAUCUUAAGUCUGAUGAUCGCUUAGGGCGCGAAACUAAAGUAAAAACUUUCUCCUUUAGGUUGGAUUUCCACUGUCGCAUAAUUCUUACAUGCGCACGCACGUACAUUUUACGUGCACAAAUAAAACAGAGACAAUGUAAAAAGUGUCGCGUGUAAACGUAAAAGUUGAGGGACGUCAACUUUAACGUUUACGCACGGCCUUUCAUACACUGCCUCUGUUUUAUUUACGCGUGUAAAAUUUACGUGCGUAUGCACGUGAAAUUAUGCGGCAGUAGAAAUUCACUAUUACUGUUUUGUGUAGCUCUGCAUAUCGAUGCAUGGAGCGAUCCCAGGAAAAGUUUAAAAUAAUAAUAAAUUAAUAAUAAGAAGAAUAAUAACAAUAAUAAUGACAAAAAUGACGGUGAUGAUGAUGACGAUGAACAAUAUGAUAACGUGGGGAAGAAAAUAUGUAAUUAACAACAGUCAUGUAUACUAUGUAUACCGGGUGAAACUCUCCUUCUCGUCUUUUCAGGCAGGUUUUCAUGUAUUUUUUUACCUUUUCUCUAUAGACUGAAGAAAUAGAGACAAUGUCUGCAUCUGAUGCCGUUGAAAUGACAGCUCAGGACAUAAUCCCCAGGUUAAAUAAAGAAACUGUAACAGAUCUAGUUCUGGUCAGCAUGUUAGCUCUGCCCGACAGCAUCCCGUCCCAUUUCCACGACACCUACACACCCAUAGCGGCAGCUGGCGGUCAAGCCCAAGUGGUACAUCUCGCACGACUUUUGGCCACUCAGAUGAAUGCUGCUAAAGUCGGGAAGGGUUACGAGAGAAUGGAAGCCCUGAGAAAGGUACUGUUGAAAUAACAAUGGGUUUCGGUUUAAAAAAAAGAUCGGCCAUUUUAAGGCUGCGUGUGAGACUGGGUCAGUGUUGCCUCGAAUUGCAUUGUGGGAGUUGCCCUAAACCUCUGUUUCAAAGCGAGGCUAAGUGCUAGGCCAUUGCUAUGAAAAUGAUUUUUUACUCUCGUCCAAAUAAAACUCAGCAUUUUCACAAGAAAAGUUUUGCACUUAGCCUCGUAUUGAAAGCAAGGUAUUUUGGAACUCGGAAAUGAUCUAUUUGAAGUAUCCGACCCAGAUGCAGAACGUUAGACUUGCUGUCACAUGCCUUGUUUUAACCAUAAGAUUACGCGAAAAAUGAUUUGGUAGGCUAAGUUAUUGAUUAGGUGCGUAAGAAGCGAUGUAGCGAAACAUAACGCCGAGUUUCUCAGUUCCUUUUCGUUAAACUAGUUCACGAUUUCUUAGUUUCGAUUAUCUUGUACGCUUCACUGGAGCCAUAGUAUCUAGGAAAUGAAUAACAAACAUUUGAAAAGUACUGCUGAGAACUUUUUUUUAUUUGGUAACACCAUAGGGUUUUAUCCACAGACUUCAAGUAAAACAGUACCAUAUGAAAGUACUGCUGAAGAGGUAUCACUCAAAUGGUAACACCAUAGGAUUUUAUCCACAGACUCAGAAGUUAGAACUACAUACUAACUGAAUAGCACCAUGUGAAAGUACUGCUGAAGAAGUUUCAUUUGAAUGGUCGCGCUUCACACUGCUCUUCUAACAAACACGUAUCUCGAUAACCGAUCGUUAAGAAGUUAAUUUAUUUAAAAAGAAGCAUGUGUAUUUCUAUUGUUUUAGGCUCAAAAUGACCCCAGCAUGAAAGAAUCAGAGAUCAUGUCCAUUCCUGUGAUUGGCGGUGGUUCUUCAUGGGGAAAUAAUGGAGCCGGUAACGAAGAAAACUCGAUGGUGAGUCAGGAUUUGUCGUCACAGCUUAUUAGAGUUCUCCCGACAGUGCAUUUUACUAGGCAAUUGAUUUUUUACGAGUUACCGGCAUGUGAAUGGAGACGCGAUUAAGUGUUUGUAAGCGUAUCGGACUCCUGUUAUGAAAAUUUGGGGUUUGACGGGUAGCCUUAACUAGGCUGACACUAAUCUAGAAUUUAGAACCCUGGAAAAUUCGAAUCUCCUACUCCUUUGCUCUUUGUGUUUUGGGAGAGGUGCUGCGUGAUGACACAAAAAAAUGCCGGCUAGAAAGCUCUAGACCGUUCACGACCCGCUAUUUUUUUUUCCAUGAACGCCCAAUCUGGACGUGUGUGCCAAAGCGGCGCGCCAUGGGUGGGGUACGAAAAGCGAAAAAAAAACUCACCCUCUACCCCUAGCCCCUCAUGGAUCAACGCUUUUUCCAUUUGGCGCAGAGAAAAUGAAAAGACUUCAGCACUUUACGUCAACUCGAAUUUAUAACUUUUCUUACAGGAUUCCUGUGAAACACUUCGAAGUUUCUUGUUUUAAUACCUCCUCUUGAAAUAUUCCUGGAAUUUCGUCAUAAUAUCUGACGACUAGGGUGUCAGUUUUGGUAGAGUAAUAGAGGCUGUUCAGGGCCUGUUUACAUGGAGUUGGGGGACCACAGGUAGGUGAGGUAACAUUUGGCGGGUUACCCCACCUAUCAUGUAGACGUGAUCAUAUUAAAAUGAGAGAUUAUAUGGACAGGCGGGUUACCUCACCUACCUGGGGUCCCCCACAUCCACGUAAACAGGCCCUCAGUCUUCUUAUUGGGAAAUCUACCCUCUUGCGUAUAUCAUUAAAAUGCUCGAUUUGCCUUAGUCUUUGUAUCCUGGAAACCUCUUGGAGUUUCAUUUGUCUUAGACUAAUUAGUCUAACUUUGUUCCACAUUGUCUCUCUUUACCCAGGAAAGAGUUUUUGUUGGAGGGGGAGAGUUUUUCUCUGACACCCUCCCUGGGAGUUAGUGCCACGAGCUAUUUAUGUCCUUACCCCAGGGGGCUUAGUUUGUCGAUUUAAAGGAUAAUUAAAUUAGUUGCAUCUUUCCCCCUUUUUUUCUUUAGUUUAUGUAUGGUCAGGCUAAACCUGAUGAGGAUUCAGCACUUAAGAGAAUGCUAGGUAUGUUAGAUUUAAUCAAGGCUACAAUGAUCGGCCAGCUAGCGCUUAGUAGGCUCGAUUACAAGCCGCUGUUUGGAAAAAGGGACCCGCGUUCAUCCCCCUUUAUCUUCGGGAAGGAUUAGACUGACUUAACGCUGAAGAGCGGCGGAAAGAGAGCCUAUGGUUAUUUUGAGUCAAUUUUUGUUAGUUCAACGUCUGAAGGAAGAAACGUUAUUCGCACUUUGUGCCAUUGUUAGUUUGUUAUUGCCUAUUAAGAGCACUCCACCUGCUCAUGAUUUUUGAUCCCUUGUCUUUCUUGGAAUUAAAUAAGCGCCGUUACUUUUUACGUAUUGUUAAGAAACAAGUGUCCGUCUAAGGCCUGGUUUUUACUCGCGCAUAAACGUAAGCGUAAGCAUAAAGCACGAGCACACGUGUAAGCAAGUGAAAACACCGGUGACAGUGCUUAUGCUUGUGCUUGUGAAAACCAGGCUUAAGGCGUUGCAUGGCUGCCUGCCGAGGAAAGUGGACGUGCACUUAGCUUCUCUAGCUUUAAGUUUACAGGCAGUGCACUCAAAUAAUUUGAAACCGAUAUUAUAAACAGAACUAGGUUUGAUAGCCCUAACUGACAGGAGGCAAUCAGCUGGCUAGUCGCAAGCGUAUCCAAGUAUGUUAAUUCGGUACAAGUUGUACGACCGACAAACAAAUAUAAGCGGUGGUCAGAGCUGAACUCGAACCCAGCAACGCCGGAUUGCGAGUCGGUCACGCUACCUCUUAUUUAUCUUAUUAUUAUGAUUUACUGUUUCUCGCAGGCGGUCAUUUCGAUGCAACCAAAGAAAAAAGACCUCUGGACACAAAAAAGGUAUCAGCCUUUGUAUACAGCACACAUGAGAGGAUAAUGUGCAAGAAGUUUUUUUCCCUUUCAAAGAAAUUCCUGUUGUUUAUUUGUAUGUCGGUGAGCUGGGUCGGGAGCGAGAGGUCAGAAUGUCAAAUCUUGUCCACUUGGCUAUUGCAGACAAAUCGCAGGUUUUUUCGGUAGAAAUGGUCGACUGUCGGCGAUCAUAAUGUUUUGUAAUUAACUUUCUUUGACAACUUCUGUUGUUUACUAUGGGCUUAACAUCUUAAUUUAUUUUUACGUAUAAUCAAUCAAUAGUCAUGGUUACUAGCCGACAAGCACGCUUUGAGAUGGGGAAAUGUUGUGGAAGAGCUCUUUUCUCCCCUACCCAAGCCCCUGAGCCCUGACCUUUCUCUCGGUAAAUCAUUUCGAUUGGCCGGAAUUGUAAUGUAGCUUUAUUACCAGUAAUUUUUUUUUUGUUUUUUGUUGUUUUUGUUUUUUAACAAAUGUUCAGAUAUAUGCUUUCCAUUUUGUAGACACCGUUUGUUCCGAAAGAGCCUCCAGUCCCACAAUUGGUAGGUAUCACAGUCAAGUCUUUUUAGGUUUCUGGGAAACUGCCCACCUACCCCUCCCCUUAGCCAACAUUUUGCCCUAAGUGAGAAGUAAGUGAUAAUGUUACCUUUGGGGAGGGGUAGGUGGGGAAAUUCCCAGAAACCUAAAUUGAUCCGUCUUUUUAAGCCGUUAAGUCCUAAGAGUGACCAACAUUAAUUUUUUCCCAACAAUAUCAGUGUAUCAUAUAGAGAAAAGGUUUUGAGAAUUAUGAAGUUGAUCGCUAAAGGAAAAAAUGCUUUGAUCUUCUAUCAAACUCUCCCAACUAGUUCUUUAAGAAUUUCUGUUUGGAUAUUUGGACUUGAAGGUUUAAAUUAACCCUAAAGGACACCUCUGUAAGUAAGGCAUCUAAUUUUAGUUCCUGGUUGCCGCUAGUUCAGUUACUUAUUUUAUUUUAAGGGCUGGACUGUAUAAAACACGGGAGCCUCUCUCAGACAUACGCAUCACAUUAAUCAUGGUCCAAGUACAGAUAAGGUCCAAGCAGUCUUAAGUCUGCCCAUUUGAACUUAGUAGAGUUUCAACUCAGUUUUGUAUCACUUACCCUAUAAAUGGGGAGAAAAAUCAUGUUUCUAAUGGCUGGCAUUCUCUAGCCUUCAGAACAGGAGUAAUUUUCCUGCAUUUUUCAAGAGAGCAAAGGCAAGCUCGAAGCGAGUGAGGAGCGCCAGGCGUGUCUCGCGUCUGGUGCUCCUCGCUUGCUUUGCGCUUGCCCUCGCUCCUAUGAAAAAUGCGGGAAAGUUACGCCUGUUCUGAAGGCUAGUAUUCUCCCCCUCUCUUAUUCAAAGAAAAAUCAGUUAAAAUCAAUGAUUCAAUCAUGAUGAUAAAGAAAAGAGGCAAACCUAUUCUCGGAGACUGCUCUGCUGUCGCUCCUUUUCGCUUGUCAAUGGUAACAAUGUUUAACAACCACGAGGACCCAGAUCAGUUGCUCCAGACGAUGGCAUUUUUGUAGUUUUACAAUUAUACGAGAAUUAUCAGAAAUUCGAAACAGGGCAAAAAGGCUCUGCAAGAAAAUCAUUUGUUGUGUGUUGUAUAUUUGUGCUUACAGCGCAUGCGGAAAAUUAAACCGUUCAAGUUAUUCGACGUGACGAGAAUUUUGAAUCCAGCUGAGAGACAGAGAAUGAUGACGUGCGCAGUAAACAGAAUACUUGCUGCUGAAAGUGAGUUAGGGACUGACCAUUGGAAAUAACCGGGGGUGGGGGGAACUAGUCUAAAAAAAAAAUGCUGCAAGCGGUGAUACCUAAAACCAAUAAGUCAUAUGCCCUAGAAAAAAAUUCCUGCAGACAAGCGGGCUUUUAAAAAAAAUUGAUUCACCAAAAAUUUUCCACCCCCCUCCGGUUAUUUCUAAUGGUCCGUCCCUUAGCGAUCUCAAAACAGAUAACUCGGGAUAGUUCUAGUUUUCUCAUCUGUUAUUUACUAGUAAAUCUUAGUGAGAUAAGAAUAUAUUAUACUUUCCUGUUUUAUUAUAGACUAGUAUACACGACCCCUCAAGCAUUUUUACUUCUUUAAUACUGCAUGAUCAUGUGUAAACAAACGAUAUUCAUUCAUUCAUGCUUACACUUUCCUCAAGUUAAGACAAGUAUAUUUAUUGCGCACAUUCAUAGAAAUAAUAUACAUUCCAUUUACGUGGAUCCCAUUUUGAAACACCUGGCCAAACUUUUCAAUUUCUCUCCUUUUGAUGCUCAUUGUAACUCAUUCUUUGUUUGAUUUCAUCCUAUUGGUCGUCUGGGAACAAUUCGUGUGUGGGGAAGAUUACAAAAAUUACUAUGACCUAUGAAGCUACCCAUAAACAUAGUGUUUGUAUUAAUGGUGUGUUUCUUCUUGUUGUUGUUGUUUUAUUUCUAGACAGUGCAGCACGAAGCGGUGUGAUUCAGGUAUUAAACGUGACUGAAGUAAUUGAUUGUUUCAUUUAAGCUCCCUAUCCCAGCACCCGGUAGGAGGGGUGGGUAUUCUAGGGAUGUUUGGGCUGGGUUGUUCCACUAGGAUCCAGCUAGGAUCCUUUCCUUUGCCAGUCCACGUUCAGUUGCAAUUUUGCUCUCUUAUUCUACACUGAACACCAAAAGUCCUCAGUACCCUGUCACAGACUAACCAUAAACGGGGAACUCAAAUUCUUGAUGCCACGAAUCAGUGUACAAUAGUAAUUUAUUCUCACUACAUUCCUAUUACCACAUCACGGUAAACUAAGUUAUGGGAGGAGACCGCGACAACUGUGGCAACAAAGGUAUGCAGCUGGAGGCAAGGGUAGCCGCGUCAACCGGCACCAGGGGAGGAGGGUAGGGCGACAGAAGCUUCCCUCACCGGAAUGGGGGCAAAAGACAACGAUCGAGGUAAAACACGGGAGUUUAAGCAAAGAGACAGCAAUAUGCAAUUCUGUAUGCAGUGAGAAUAAGUCCAUAAAUAAUAGCUUAUUAAUAAAGACCUAAACGGUUGGAGUGAGGGGGGGAGGGGUUGCGGUUCGUCAUCAUUUCAAUUCCCAAGUUCGUUUAGUUAAACACGAUCUUAGUCUUAAUCGUUUAUUUUCACGUUAUUUUAAAUAUUCUGAAUUGAUUUUCAUUAUUUCUAGGAACGGAUCAACGUUGUCGUUAGCCUAGUAACACAACUUGGAGGUGAAAUAAAAACAGGUACAAUCAUUACCCCCUCAAGGCCAAGUAUAUUCUCUUGACCCUCCUCCCUAUUCUUCUUGUGGUAAUAACCCCGGGAAUUGAAGGACAGCGAAAAAAAACUAAAUAUUUAGCCAGAGAAAGGCAAGAUUUCCUCGUCAAAUGUGAAUUUAGCUGGGCUGUCAGUCAAUGAUGAGGAUAACUUUCAAUUUCAAAAGGGGAAGUGGACGGAUAAGUUUUAGACGGGAAAUGAAAUCGUUAUUGACCGAAUUCAUUUGAGACAAAUUUUAGGUGUGUUUGACUCUGCGCCGGACAAGGUUGAAGAGACGAGAGGCACUCUACAUCUUGACAUAGAACCAGCCUCAUUGGAGUCGAGACAGGGGUCGUUUCCAGCUCAAGUGGGACAGUCUUCCGCUUUCACUUGUGCCUAAGACACGAGACAGUAGAAGGUUUAAACGUCGAUCAGCGUCCCUGUGAUCGACUCCCAAUUUAAGACCAAAGUUAAACCUUUUUAGCAAUGUCAAGUGUAAGAUUAAAUGAAUUUGUCUCGUUUUAUCACACAACAGUCCUUCAAGAGUUCAUCCAAGAAGAUAUCCGGGCUCGUUACGAUCUUCUGAUGGCCUGGCUCUAUCAGGAAUACAGUGCCUAUCAAGUCGACGCCAUGGAGGAUGACAGUGAAUCAAGUCAGUCAUACAGUGACUGUCUGCUCAAUCUCAUGGAUGGAUUAUAUUCCAAGUUAGACCCAAAAGACAAGUAGGUUUGGUUGUAUUAGGCGUACCGUUUUCCAAAUUACGAUCAGACAAACCUCCUAAAUUUUGCUGAAGUCAGUCAGUCGUACAGUGACUAUCUGUUUAGUCUCAUGGAUGGAUUAUAUUCCAAGUUAGACCCAAAAGACAAGUGAGAGUUCUUUAUCCAGUCUGGUUGUAUUAAGCCCUUGGCAUUCCGAACAACGACCAGAGAAACCUCCCUAAUUUUGACCAAAAACGGGCGCAAAGGUCUCCAUAUUGUUUGAAGAUUUAUAUUACCAAAAUAGUGAUUGCAUGAUGAUGAAGUUUGGCGUCAUUAAGGCUUAAAAAUGCUGUCCAUAAUUAAGUGCGGUUCUAAAAACAUGACCAUUUUCCCGUCAUCUGAGCCCAGAAGGCACUUGUCUCUAUCGCUCAAUCACACCUUGUUUGCUCCCCAACAUUUUGUCUAACCUUUGUUUUUCAAGUGCAUUUUGGGAUAUUUGCAAGUGGUGAAUGGCCCUUAUGCAUGAUUACGUCAGACGUGCCAAUUUCACCACGAAGCCCCCGUCGUUUGUAAGCAAAAUUCGUCGCAUUUGCACUCUUUGUGCGAGGGUAUUCUUUUCAACCCUACUACCUUGUCAAUUCAUUGAUGUAAAACUUCACAGCUUUACAAUUUCAACAGUAGGCGUGGCAAUGAAAUUUUUCGGUUUGGCGUAAGUUUGUAUAAGGGCCAUUGAUGUAGCGCGAGUUGUCGCUCAUGUUUUUUUUUUUUUUACUGUUUGGCUCUGUUACAGGUUGUUUACACGCAUCCUGUUGGAUAUUCCUUCACUUACAGACGGUGCAGUGAUGGCUGUCAGAAUGUACUGCGAGGACUUGGUUAGUAAUGAAACACGCAGGCAUUAUUCUUGAAAUCGUCCUCUCCGAUUCGUUUAAUUCAUGCACUCAUCGUUGUUUCUCUAGGAACGUCUUCAAGUUGGAUUUUCCACCAUAAGAGAAUUGAUCUUAAAGCGGCCCGCGACCCAACUGCAGCUGCUGGAGACUUUGUUGGAACUGACCACAAAUGAGAAGGAACAAGUCCGAGUUCAGGCCAUUCACUCUGCCAAAAAGCUUCACAUAAGACCCGAACUAGCGGAACAUAUCGAGGUGAGUGUUUGUCUAUGGCUAUUCUAAACAACACUUAAGGAAAAGACUGUCUAUUCCUCCUCCUAGUCCCCAGUUCCCAUUUUCUUACCUUUCAUUAUACUAUGAACAUUUUUUUAUAUUUAGAGACCUUUCGAUUCGAGAACUAGAACACAACUACAAGGACAAGAUUUGCGUCUUCUAAAAAAAAAUAGACACCACGAAUACUUCAUUGCACUUUUUUCACCAGAAAACAGGGAUCUUACGAAACUACGACGGAGACGGUGACGACAAAAGUCAAUAGGUUUAGUUAGCAAAACAACUACUUUACACGUGCAUCACGCAUUUUUUACAUUUCUUUGCCGUCCCUGCACGACUGCGACGUGAAAUGACUUAAUUUUAAGGUUUUUUGAGGACGGGAAUGGCAAGGCGAUAAAUUCGACCGUCCCUGUCUGAACUCAGGCGCAACUCCCUCUCUUCAGCUCCAACUAAACCUUUUUAAUUUCAGAACUAUGCUCUGGGCUCAUUACAACAGCUGCUUGCUGAUCAUCCGCCCGCCCCUCCUGGACAAGAUCCCGAUGAAGGUAAAAUUUUUUAAUGUUAUCUGAUUGCUCGUACAGUAUGCGUCAACGGCAACUAAAAAGAACCUCCAUUAGCGUAUUCUUUAACUGCUUUGUUUGUUUGUUUGCUUUUCCUGCAGAGGUCGCUCCAGGCGAGUGGACGGAUGACACCAUUAAACUUUGUCUUUAUUUGUACCUUGCCCUUCUUCCACAGAAUCAUAAGUUAUUUCAUGAGUAAGUCCGACGAUCAAUUGUCAAGUUAAUCUUCUCUCAAAACUACAAUAGUGCGUUGCCGCUUUAACAUUCUUCUUAUUUGUCUGUCUACUUCCCUUUUACUCUCCAGACUCGCUCAAGUUUACACAGCCUCCUCGCAGAUCAUAAAAAGAAUUAUCCUAAGACAUCUAGAACAUCCCGUAAGUACUCUCAUUCCGUUGAGUUUGUUUCGUAUUGUCAACCCUGGACUUUUCAGCAUAAAGUCAACUCUGUCUAAGACGGAAACCGCUGGAACAAGCAAUAGCUGUCCGUCUUAGGGAGGUGUCCGCUUUAACCCUUUAAAUAACCAGCAUCAACUUUCUCUUAAAAAUAUUAGAAAGCUUUAGAUUCUGAGACGAGGAAGACUGCGAGUAGGAGAUUUUCUCAAUACUAAGUAGUGCACGCGCGUGAACCAGCGUCAUUUUGGCGGGAAAACGUGAUAGCCGUCGUCAUUCAACUACGAGGUUAUCAAAUUUUAACCAUUUUGCGACCAGGGGCCGGUUGCUCGAAGCCUGGAUAGCGCUAACCGUUGGUUAAGAGGUAUCAAAAUGUAUAGGUUUCCAUGGUAUUUAACGCUGGUUAGCACUAACCAUGCUUCGAGCAACCCGGGCCAGGAAAGGGCUUAACCUUUUCCAAUAAACAUAACCUCCCUCUUUGCAAAAUAGAGAGUUUUAGAUCCGAGUUUACCGCGAACCUCUAACCGCAGUUUGCGGUUACCCGUUUGCGGUUCGACGUUCAAACAUAAUUCGAUUUAGAUUGGCGGUGGAUUAGAUUACGGCCGCCAUUUUGAAUCAGCAGCCAUGAAUGGCACUUGUUUUCAAGAUCCAAUAGGAUUUAUUAAAUUUAGCAUUUCGCCCGAAUUUGUGCCUCUGGUUAAUGGAUAAAGACUUGCUCCACAAGAUGGUUUGUAUCAUUACGUGGGAUAAAACAAGAAUUAUACGCUAAAAGCUUUCAGGUGAAUGACAUACGUGAAAACCUACCUCCCCACGUUGAAAACGCACGUCGCAAACCUCAAACGUGACGCGAAAGACUUGUCACCUGACCUCCAGCGGUUAGAGGUUCGCAGGAAACUCGAAUCUAAAACUGUCUAAUGAAGCUUUCCGGGUUGAAUAUUUUUCGAGAAUACGCGAAAAUACUUAAAGUUAAAUCUCGUACUCGUACUCGUCCUUGUUCUUAAUUCUAAAGCUCUCUUUUAAAAAAUCAAGACACAAGGCAAUGAGAAUUUAUAAAAUAAUCACCUAUGGUAAAUGCUUUGAUUUUUAAGCAAAUAUUUCUCAAAAAAUUCUUUAAGGAAUUGUAUGGAUAUCAGUGUAGAGAAUUUGUAUGUGUGGAUACUGGGGCUUAAUAGAGUCAAGGAAAGUGACUGAAGAAAGGUAGAGACCAACCAUAGCUCUGCGUUAUGAGAGCUGACUGUAUUACUAUAUUUUUCGUUGACGCUUUUUCGUUUACUGUGUCCUUAGGUGCGUGCGAUUGGUAUGGCUUCUCCUGAACUCCUACAGUUGGUUGAGAACUGUCCAACAGGAGCUGAAACACUUAUAGCCAGGAUUCUCAAUAUUAUAACUGACAAAGGUAACGAAAUGUUUGGCUUUAAUUUAAGCUCACAAUAUCCUCAAAUAAGAGGAACGUAUUUGUUAGAUAUACUUCCUUGAUCAAGAAACCUACUUUUAAUGGUCACCGAUAGAAAGCCGUCGCGCAGUUAAAUACUCUUCAGCUCAGUCUGACAUUGCGCCAGAAUUACAACUCUCAAACUUUUGAUACAGUGAGUAACUUUUUUGCAUCAAUUUUCUCUUCCAGCGGUACCCACUGCAGAGCUUGUAAAGCGAGUCAAAGAACUUUAUCACAAGCGCGUAUCUGACGUAAGAUUCUUGAUUCCUGUGUUAACUGGCCUGAAGAAGCAGGAAAUUAUCGCCGUGCUGCCUAAACUGAUCAAACAGUCGCCCAGUGUUGUUAAGGAAGUUUUCAACCGAUUGCUUGGGUGUUUUCACAGUAAGUGAUCGGAAAGUAGCCAUCAUUUAAGCCCACUAGACCUGACCAAACAAAUAGUACUAGGUAACGUUGAAUGCGCCAUGGGGUUUCGUCUAUAGAUUCAAGAAGUAAGAUUGCAUGAUGUGAUUGCAGAGUUUUUAUUGGCUCCAGUAGCCGUCAUGUUUAGUGUUCUUUGAUUAUGUCCAACGAAAAAAUUAGAUUCAUAGCUAAACUCAUGGGUGCCUGGAUAUUGGCCUAUGAACGCAGGCGUAUUUCCGUUCGUCGCAUCUCUCCACCCGCAAAAGUAACUUUCUGGAUAUCGGAUAAAACAUUUUUUUUUUCUUGUUUACACUAUCCAAUGACUGCCAACCUCCCCCCUUAGGUGCUUCGUAUUUCCCAUGGAACACGCGCGAAACGCGAGUGACACGUGCGAGUGACUGGUGACGAAGGGCAAUGGACCAUGGGAAGGAGGAAGAAGAGAGACGAAGCGACUUCUCGUCCGUUUUCUCGUUCCCGCCUUCCCAAAGACCUUACAUUGUGGUUUCAUGCAAACUUAUCUCUUUUUCCAGGUGACUCAAAGGUAUCCGCAACCAGUCCCCUCAGUCCGUCGGAACUGCUCGUUGCUCUACAUCAGAUCGAGGCCAAGAGCGACAUGAAAUCUGUUAUGAAAGGUACUUUUGUUAGCUGCGGCUGGUUGGAAGCAUCUCGCCUUUGCUAUUAAUACAUAAACCAUUCAAAGGCAUCUGUACUCUACUUGUAAUUCUUAACUACAGUGUUGUUAUUGUGCUUAAUGGUUGAGCACUAGAAAAGAAAAAAUCUUCGCCACUUUCUCUGACUGAACCAGUCGUGACUCCCUCCAGAAAACUAAACCCAGACUUUUUCCCUUUUAAAGAAUUCAAAACAGCUUUUGUCGGGAAUCCAGCCCCAGCUUGUUGGGAUUGAAUACUUACUCAGCAGCUCUAGGGUAGGCUGAGCAGCAGCGCAUGCGCCUGGGCAUAUACCGAACCGUUCCAGAAACAUUUAUAUUCAUUACUUCUGAUUGUCCCUAAUAGUAAGUCCCCCUGUGCCGUCUCGUUUUUGUAGUAAACUUUGCCUGCUAUAAUUUCGCCUGUUACUAUUCCCUCCUUAUCAGCGUUUCCUCAGUCUCAGAAGGCGAUUUAUACCGUAAAGCCAAUUACUAUUUUUUGUCCACACGCAGCUAGCAGCUUGUGUUUUGCGGAGAAGACUAUUUACACUCAAGAAGUGUUGGCAGUGGUUUUACAACAACUGAUGGAAAUGAAUCCUCUCCCAACCCUGUUCAUGAGGACGGUAAUUAUUUCUUUGCCAGUAUGGUCUGAUUAGUAUACAUACCUUCAUAUACACCUAAUUCAAAAAAGGUUGCUUUGGAAAUUCGCCACUGUAGAAACCAGAAGGGAACUGGGCCGAGUUAACUUUCGCAAAGACUUUUGGGAUCUUUAGUGGGGACGGGAAAAGAAAGUGGCCAAUAGCUGACCAGCGCGUCCCCAGUAACGAUCCCAGAAGCCUUUGCGAAAGCUAACUCAGCCCAGUUUCCUUCUCGUUUUUAAAAUGGCGAAUUCGCCACUGUAGAAACGGGAAGGAAACUGGGCCGAGUUAAUUUUCGCAAAGGCUUCUGGGACAGGAGAAAAAAAUUGACCAAUAGCUGACCAGCACGUCCCUAGUAACAAUCCCAGAAACAACUGCGCUGUUCUAGUCCCCUUCUCGAUUUUGAAGUGGCGAAUCAAUUGAUUAUUGGCGAUUGGGUGUUUAGUUACACAAAACUCACUGCAAUGAGUUGCUUGAGUGACCACCAAACAAUAGCUUGCCAGUGAGCAAUUCCCAAUGCCCGAUGUAACCUUAUUUAAAUCAGCUAAUAACAUGGACCUUCUAGGAAAGCUUUCGAUAAAAUGACCAGAAUCCACGUGAGAAUUUAUUGAUAAAUCACCUCUCUUUUUUUUGCUUCUUUGCAGGUGAUCCAAUCUCUCAGCAUAUGUCCUCGAUUAGUUGGUUUCGUUAUGAACAUACUCGCUAAACUGAUCACCAAACAGGUAAAAGUUGUACCGUUGAUAACUUUCCGAUAUAUGACCUUGGUUUUUUGAAAGCUUUGCUUUUCUAGUAGCCAGUACUGAUAAAGCUGAGUUAGAGACCGUUGAUUUAAUAAGGAGUUUAAGCAAAGAAGUUUCUCAGCGACGUUCAACUGGAAGCGGGUUUUUUGCACAACUUCGGCGGUGGUUUCGCUUACAUUUCUGGGCAAGUCGUCCCAAAGACACUAAGCAUUACGAAUUUGGCAGUUUCAAGAUAUAUUAAAGGGGAAAACCCCUCACGUCCGGUCGAUGUGCGUUACUCAAAAACGCCUUUGCUCAAACUCCCUAGUGUCUGUGAUCGCCUUUCAUUCUUGUCUCUUCAUUAUGCAGGUCUGGAAACAACCGAAAGUCUGGCAAGGAUUUGUCAAAUGUUGCCAGGUAAUAGCAGUCAUCCUUCUUGAUAUCCUAAACUAGACUCCGUCCCCUUUUAUAUUGGCCAUUUUCAGGCUUAAAGUGAGACUACAAUAGGUCUUCGUGUCGAACUGUACUAUGGGACUGUCUUGGGGACGCUAUCGCUUUUUUACUGGCUCUUAUAAGGAUGCGCAGGAGAAAGGGUUAAAAUGGGCCCCUUGGAGCUAAACGGUCACGCGGGACAAAAACACGACGGGCAGCGUGAGAUGCCGUUGGGGAGGAAAAACAAAGAGAUUAACAAUUUCCUUUUUGCUCAGCGACCCACUUCGUCGUUUGCCGACCAGAAAGAUGUUUUUGUACCGUGUGACUGUUUAGCUUCAAAGGGCCCAUUCCUCCCUCAAAACACUCGUAUAGUAUGGUGCUUUUCAAGAUAACACAACACCCACUCCGUCUCAAACGCAACCUCAAAUUGACCAAGCAACAACAACAACAACAAAAUGUAUUGAUAAACCUGUAAUAUUACAGAAGCAUUGCCCGCAGCUAGCAAGGCUAUUCGAGGCGGGACAAUGCGUACAAAAUAUGAAAUUAAGCCUAAGGCUAACUAAGGAAAGUUUACAGUUUACAAAUAAAUGAAAUUAAAAUCGUAAUAUGGAUGAGGACUAGAUAACACAAUAAAGAAAAAAGAAUUAAACAAAUGAAUUGUAAAAUAAGAAACUAUUAAGCAAGAAUUUAUUUUUUGACAUUUUGGUUAAUCUUAUCAUUUUAAUUAAGUUGGGCAUAUCAAUAUGGUCAUCAUCUGAAUAAGGUACCACUGAGAAGGUGUAAUGAUCGUUAUGUCACUCAUAAUCUUUAGACAAAGUAAAAUAACUAACUCCUUGGCGAGUUUCGAACCCAUGACAUCCCAUCAACACCGGGUGGGGUGGUGCUCCAUCUACUGAGCUACGGAAGAGGUUCAUGGAGAGCAGUGCCUCUGGGCUUCAUAUGUGACUCGCUUCUUGUGUUCUAUUAAAACAGCUUUGUCAAACGCUUCCUGUGCAACGUUUAAAAAAUUCUUCUUUGUUGUGAACCGUAUGUUAAGAUGUGUGGAGGCAUGUGUGGCCGAGUGAUUAAGACCUCAAACUCCGGAUCUGGAGGUCCGGGGUUCGAGCCUCGCCCGUCGCGUUGUUCCCUUAGACAAGAAACUUUACUAUACUUUGUCCCUCUUCACCCAGGUGUAUAAAUGGGUACCGGCGACAUACUGCUGGGGGGUAACCCUGUGGUGGACUAGCAUCCCAUCCAGGGGCUAGUAGCAAUACUCCUAGGUGCUUCAUGCUAAUAAAACCGGGAUAAGCUCCGGCCGUUUGGGCCUUUGGCUCGUGUGCGCCCUUACCUUACCUUUACCUUAUGUUAAGAUGUGACCUGCUGACAUGUCAUUUGGUAAUUGUGUUUUGGCAGAUGACGAAACCUCAGUCCUUCUCGGUCCUACUACAGCUGCCUUCUCGACAGUUAGAGAGUGUAUUCGAGGUAAGAACCAAAUAUGAUUUGUCUGGAAAUAUCUUCCAUAAGGUGUUUAGGUUUUUGCGUUGGGUGCAUACUAACUAUACUAUAUAAUGAACUAGUCCUGACCUAUCAAGGCGUUUUAUGUGUAUAUUUAGUUUAUUAACGGUAGCUUUAGUUGCAGUCUAAGUUUCGCCAUGGAUAAGACCUAUUUUCGCAUUUUAGUAAUGAUAUACAGGAAGUAGCCUCCGUUAUCAAAAGCAAAUGUAGUGUUAAGCUUUCUGUAGAUGGAUAUUGUCAAGGCGAUUUAUCCAAGAUUGAUAGUAUUUUAACCAGUAUAAUUUUUUAUUAUUAAUCAGAUCUGUCCUGAGCUCAAGGAGAACUUGGUUGCGCAUGUUCAGUCAUUCACUCCACACCAGGUAUGCUCUUUUUAUAUCGAAUUCCUUUCCAGGGCUUUUCCAUUAUAACUUUGAAAAGCCUUUGCUACGAGUGUUAUAUUUUUGAUAAGAACUGUUCGGAACCUUUGAAGCAAAAAAAUGAAGUAACAGACGUCAACAAGAUACGUUGAAUAUUUCAAGUUUUUACUUUACUUGUUUCGUAUUUCUUUAUACAGUGAUACUCGAAAUAUGAAAUACUCACUGACUAAUCCUAACUAUAACGGUGCCUAGUAUUAAGAAACAGUGGCAGGAUGUGAAAUUAUCUGAUUUUUUUAUUCCUCUUUAUCUUCCUAUCAGCGUGCGCAUAUUCCACGGUCCUUACUGCAGAUCUUGGAGAAGGAUACCAAGAAAGACGAGAAAAAACCUAAACUAGAGAAACUCGACAAAGAACAGAUUGAUCCCGAAGAACAAGAGGACUCGACGAAGGACGACAAAUCCCCGAAGAGGUCACGAUCGCACACGAGGGAGUCGUUGAAAGACAAGAAAAAAUCGCGGCGCUCCCGCUCCCGAUCUCGCUCCAGGUCACCGCGAAGGAAAAAAGAGAAAAGCGCUGGGGAGGAGAGUGCCAGCGAAGGGGAAAUAAACUGAGCGGGACUGCACGUGCAAUAACAUCUGUCUUCAGGUGUUCAAAAGAUGGAUAGUCCUGUCCAGUGGACAACGCAAUUUGUUUCCUAAUACUUAUCUACACUGAAUAACGAUUUGUCCCGUUGAUAGCUUUACCCAAACUUUGAUCCAUCGAGGCUAGUUUUACCAAAGUGAUUUUCUUUGGAUUAACAAACUUUUCAAAGUGACAACAAGGAUUGCUGGUUAUCUAGUCGUAACAUGAACGUACAAUUCGGCCUUUGGUAAGACAAUGGCGCACUGUGGCUUUUAACACCUUAAGUGCGAGAGUAAGCUUUAUAAAGAGGUCAGAUAUACCUUGCUUAACAUGUCAAAUGUAUGUACCUACCGGAAAGCCUUUCUCUGUAUCGAAUAUGAGUCAGAAUCUGACACUAUACCUCAUUGGAGGCUAUUUUCUUUCGCACCUCUAUUUCCCCUUAUCGUACCACAGUCACACAAUUGUACCAUUACCGUCUUGUCGUGUUUCACCAGCGACCAUCAAGGCCUGAGGACGGUGAUGGCAGCGGUACUUUGUCAAAUGUAGGCGAACUCUUCUAGAGUUGCAUUCCCAAGAGCCAUAUCUAAGUUCAGAACGAAAAAGAAAAUUCAGUCGUGGCCUGUUUACGUCAUCCAUGAAAGGUGGCUAAAAAAUGUACAAAAAAGUGUGACGCACGUGCGAAAUUGUUGUUUUUCUAAUCAAUUGCUUCUUGUUGCCGUCGUCUCCGUCGGAUCUUAAGGUCCCUAUUGCGAAGUACAGCGUAUUAGGCUACUGGAGAACUGGUUUUUAGCAGUAGAGAGUAUUUGAAUUAUUUCCUACUGGACUCACUUUAUUGAGGGUGGAAAAACCGGAUGCAUAUUAGCCUAAUUACAGCAGCAAUAGAUUUUUCUAGCAUGUAUGUUUGGUUCUCCUGUUUCAGGCCAUUUGAUGUUACCCUCAGACAACUGUUUCUUUCAAAUUUCGUCCGAUCAACGUCCUUAUGUAAGAAUAAGACAUGAAAUUCCCUCGAGAACGCCACGUGAUCUGAAUUGGGAAAGCAAAAUAUACAACCAAAAAAGGUCUAUACUUAAUUUAGCUUAGUAGCUGAAAUAUUUUUUAAUAUGAAACAAAGAUUGCUCCCAGAGCAAGUUUCAGUACUUGUGUAUAUAGGUGUAUUUCUUUCUAAAUAAAAAGGAAUCAGAAAAUACCUU